GUCCGAUAAACGCGCUCGUUAAAAACUGUCGUGUUCCAAGUUACGUGUAAAUAAAUAGUUUUUUUAUAUUCUAAAUAUUUAUAUAAAGGAUUGAUUAUAUAACUAUGCCUGAUCAAGAAGUAGAAUGGAACACAGCGCUCGUCCCCAUUAAAGAUUGGCUCAGCAAGCAACCUCAUUUGCCACAUGAUGUUGAGGAUGUACUUCUCCGUCGGUUCUAUAUCAGUUGUGGCCAGAGCAUGGAACGCGUUAAGCGCACUAUUGAUCUUUUCUUCACGAUGCGUUCCACAGCGCCAGAACUAUUCCUUCAAAGAGACCCUUGGUCACCGCAGAUCAGAAGAGUAUUCGAAAUUACAGACAUGCUGCCGUUACCAAAUAAAACGAAAGAGAACUACAAAGUUUUUAUCUACCGCUUGAACAAUCCCGACUACGACCUCUUUAAUUUCAUAGAUGCUGUGAAGACAUUCUUCAUGCUCGCUGACACUCGCCUCACUGAAGAGGACGACAUACCUUCAGGGGAGAUACCUAUAUUUGACUCAGCCAACAUCACACUCAAAUUUAUUGGGAAAAUUAAUCUAUCGGUUUUGCGCAAAUAUAUGUUAUAUACACAGGAAGCAAUACCGAUUAGGUUAAAACAGGUGCAUGUGAUCAACACACCUUCUUACAUCGGAAAAUUAUUCGCUCUUUGCAAACCCUUUUUAAAGGCUGAAGUUGCUAAAUUGAUAAAGUUCCAUGAACCAAAUUCAGACACCUUGUAUCAAGACGUGCCGCAAGAUCUACUACCAACUGAGUAUGGUGGUAAAGCGGGUUCCAUAGACCAGAUUAAAAGAUACUGGAUCAAGCGGGUAGAAGCGAAAAGGGAUUGGUUCCUGGCCAAUGAUAAGAACUGGGCGUUAGAUGAAGGAUUACGUCCUAAUGACAGUAACAAUGAGAAUCAAGUGAAAGAUCUUCCUGGCUCCUUCAGAUCACUUGCUUUCGAUUAAAUAUCGAAUACCUUUUUAAUUGAUACAUUAAUAACUAAUAAAACAUGGUCGACAGCUUAAGUCCAAGAAAAGGAAUGAUGAUGAAUUCAAUUAGCGUUUAGAAUUUAUUUACUAAUUUAACUUCCUUCUAUGAUAUAUUUAUAAGAUACAAUUAUCAAUAUUUCAUCAUUUAAUUAGUAUAUCAUAAAAUAAUCCUG